AUACGAUAUUUGCCAAAGCACGUCACUACGUUUCUGCAAACCUCGGAUACACUUGGGAUAGCUCGCUAGCAGCGAGAAGCAAAUGAAGCACUCAAGAUGCUCUGUGGUCGGCUGCACAGAUCCGCACAGAUCUGUACAUAACGUCCCAGCCUCAAAAGAGACGAGAGACAAAUGGAUUCAAUUCAUAUUUGAAGGUAAUGUUCCGGAAAGAAUUGGCAAAAGUCUGUUGGUGUGCGCAAACCAUUUUGAAUUAGACCGUUUUAGCAAUUUGGGCCAAUAUAACUCUGGACUCGCAACGAGAUUGACCUUGCAAGCGGGAUCGAUACCAUCUAUCCGUCACAGUACAGACAAGGGAAUUAUAACAGGAGGGACAGACGGACACUCCAUGGAAGCUGUUGCAGAGCCACGAGCAACGAUGGAUGUUGAAGACCCAGAGCGUGUUUGUGAAGCUUCUAGACCCUCUGAGCAUGGAGAGAAGGAGAACCUGGUGGCUGCUGAACAAGAAGAGGGAAGUAAAGAAACUCAACAUGAAGAACCUGACAUAAAAGAGACAUUCAGCACAUGUUUGAUCGAUGGUUGUGAGCCAGGCAGCACCUCGGAUUCUGAAAAGGAAGAGAGAUUUGAGGUGAAAACCGAGGAAGAGUUUGAGUCAAACAAAGAACGUGUCGCAAUAAAGGAAGACUGCUCAGAGGACAGUCCCGCAGGACCCGACGGCAGUGAGGACACGGAUAUGCAAGAGAUAACUAGUGAGGAGCUAGCAAACACAGACAUGGACACCACGGAGAGCAUCAAUGUGGAGCCGCAGCAGGAGGCUGAUGGCGGUAUGUUGAGGGUCUAUACGGCGGACGACCUCGAUGAGAUGAUGGACAUCGGCACGGUGGAUCAGGUGGAGCAGGAAGCUCAGAUGAAAGCGGAGCAGCAGACUAGCGAGAUGGUCAUGGACGACGGCCGCUCACCUUCCUAUGCAAACAAAGCCUCAAUGACGGAGAUCAGGACCUCUGUGGAGGAGGGAGCUGACGUGAAACCAGCAGUAUGGCUGCCGCCUGCAGAGAAGGAGCUGCUGUCAGGGGACAUGAACGAGGCUCUAGACACGGCGCAGUCCGGCUCGUCUCCGUCGUCUGAGGCCACGGCCACCUCAGGAAGAGACAGCGCAUCACCAGCUGCCACGGUGAACGGGAUGAAAGUAGUCCAGCUGUCGAUCCCUAGAUUAGAGAUUAAAAGCGUUCAGGGGUUCAAGUCGUCUCCUUCGCCGCCUUUGGUCAAGGUGAAAGACGAGCCCGUAGAUGAAGAGUAUGAACACGCUCUGAUACCUUCUGCAUUUGCAGCAGACGUGAAAGAUGAGCCCAACACUACAAAGGAGGACUUGAGGAUCGGAUCGGUCUUCUCUGUGCCCCCAGCCGGCGAAACGCAGCGGCUGCCCGUCUUCUACCCGUCAUCGGUGUACAUGUCCUGUUCCGGCUGCAAGAAGAACCUGAUGAAAGGCCAGACGGCGUUCCAGAGGAAGGGCUCGCCGGCACUCUUCUGCUCCACCACCUGCCUCACCAAGUCUGUCCCUGCGACCAAAGGAGUCACUAAGAUCUGCCACAGCUGCAAAAAGUUUAUAAUACGGCCUCAGGACGUCAUUCUGGUUCCAGAUGCUAAAGGCACCAUGAGGGAAUUCUGCAGCCAGAUCUGCAUGACCUCCUUCAACUACAAACAUAACAACUCCAACUUCAGGAUAUCUGCUGCCAUCAAAACAACUCCAAAACCAAUUUCCCCACAGUCGCUCUGCAGCAUGUGCACAAAAUACUGCAUUAGUAAACACGAGGUGAUCCUGAGCGGCUCCGUCCACAAGAUCUGCAGCGACGCCUGCUUCAACCGCUUCCGCGCGGUGAACAAGUUGUCCAUGGCCGGCUGUGCCAACUGUGGCUCCUACUCCCACAACAGGCCGCUCAUGCUCAAGAUGGAAGACUGCAACAAAACUCUGUGCAACGCAGAGUGUCUGGCCAAGUACAAAGAGAAUACCAAGAUAACCAAGCCCUGUACGAUGUGUCGCACUUCCCGGUUGCUGGAAGAAAUGGUUGACAACAAGAACAGUGAUGACUCUGUGAACCUCUUCUGUAGCAGCAGUUGUGUGAUGGCAUUCAAGGUCCAGACUGUCAGCACAUCAGGUGCUCGGUUGAAUUGUGAUAGCUGUGAGAAAACCUCUGUCCCAGCCUACCACCUGGCCAUGUCCGAUACCUCCAUCAGGAACUUCUGCACUUUACCCUGUGUCAUGGCUUUUCAGGAAAAGUUCAAAAAGUCCCAGAAACAGGUGAACGUUUUUACCAAGCUGCCAGUCGGCGCCCCCCAAAUCCAGACCGGCACUCCCAUCCAAACCCUGCAAGAUGUCCCCAAAGGACCGCUGAAACUGAACUGCUCCCAGUGUGACCGCAACAUAUCUUUUAAACCCGAACUCCUCCAGAUCAAGGACAAGUUGCUUUUCUUCUGCGGCGGAGACUGCGCUCACGAGUACAAGAAAGACAACUUUGUGACGAGCUCGUGUGAAUACUGUAAGAUCGAAAAGAUUACCAGCGACGCCAAGAGGGUUAACAACAGAGACUGCUUCUUCUGCAGCGACGGCUGUAAGCUCCUCUUCAGACACGAGAUGACUAAAAAGUGGGGGAAACACUGUCACUCCUGCGUCUACUGCCACGGCAUGUCCAAGAAGCUGGUGACGGCCCAGUACGGAGGCUCCACGGAGGAGUUCUGCUCCGAGGAGUGCCGGUCCAAAUACACCAUGCUCUUCUGCCAUGUUGCAAAGUGUGACACCUGCGGCCUCAAAGGGAAGCUGAAGCAGAGUCUUCCCAUUCUGGGGGGAGUCAAACACUUCUGCAAUCUGAGUUGCCUGCUACACUUCUGCUGCGACACAGUGGCUGCGCAGGGCGAUGUUGUCAUAGGAUCUGCAGGUCCUGAGGAGGCCACGCCUGUCAUUGCCAAUGUCGUCUCACUUGCUGGUCCUCAGACACGGAAUUCAAGCGCUUCCAAAAGAGCCGCCCAGCAGCAACACCCAAACGCAGGCACAGUCUUCCAAACAAAGAACUCUGGACAUAGUGGUACUCAGACAGAUGCAGUGAGUGGCCAUCUUCCAAAGAUCCUGAAGAACAAGGCUGUGCUCUGCAGACCGCUGGUGCAGAACAAAGGGGUCACCUGUAAAACGCAGACCGCCGAUGUCGAAGCACAGACAGAUGACGUUUACCCUCAAAUCAUGGUGGUUCCUGUGCCAGUGCCGGUGUAUGUCCCCGUACCCAUGAACAUGUACAGCCAGUAUGCUCCCAAACCUCUGGGCCUGCCAUUGCCGGUGCCUGUACCCAUGUUCCUUCCUGUGACCCUGGACAGCGCCGAGCGCAUCAUGGAAACCAUCCAGGAGAUCAAGCAAAAGAUCCCGUCGGACCCCUUCGAGGCUGAACUCAUCCUCAUGGCCGAGAUGGUGGCAGAACAGAAUGAGAAGAAUGACAAGGAGGAGGCACCAAAGGAGAAAGGGAUGGAGAAGGAGAGAGACCGACAAGAAGCAGCGGCUUCAGAUGACGAAGCCAGUAACUUCUGCGAUGACUUGGACACAGAGGAAUUGGCCAGUUUCCUCAACAACUGGGAGGACGGCACCUCUGAGGCGGGUCUGCGGUCUCCUGGGCGACCGUGCGGGCUGGAAAAGCUCCACGCCAUCCUGGAUAUUCCCACCGUAGCGACCAAUGAGCCUUACUCCGAACCCCUGGCUCCAGUGGCGACUCCCAUGGACGUCGAAGCUGACUUCGCUGUCGAAACUCUGGAGAGGAUGGCCCGGUUGAGAGAGCAGUCCGAGCGAUCCCCGAGCCCGCCGCCUGCCGCCACGCGACGACGACAAGCUCACCGUAAAGCUCGAGAAAAGAGGGGUCGUAAGGUCCAGCGGCCGUUGAAGGCAGCUGAACCGUUGCCUCAAAAAGGCGCCUCCAACAAGACCGUCGCCGUGGACGUCCCAAAACUGAAGAGUCAAUAUGGAGUCGACGCCUGGAAGCGAUGGAUUCAAUGGAGGCAAACUCAACCCAACUUGGAGAAGCCACGCUUCGGUUCACGGCCCAUAGAGUUGAAGGAGGAUGUUCUUUGCUCCACCACUGCCGAGCUGAGCUACGGCCUCUGCUGCUUCAUCACCGAGGUGAAACGACCCAACGGAGAGCCGUAUUCCCCCGACAGCCUGUUCUACCUCUGCCUCGGCAUUCAGCAGUACCUAUUUGAGAACGGUCGUGUGGAGAACAUAUUCAUGGAUCGGUUCUACAACAAGUUCUCCACUGAGUUUAAUGAUAUGCUACGAGAUUUCAAACCCUCGAUCACAGCAAGUGGUUACAUCCACUCCCGGGUGGAGGAGGAGUUUCUGUGGGACUGCAAACAGCUGGGGGCGUACUCUCCCAUCGUCCUCCUAAACACUCUGCUCUUCUUCUGCUGCAAAUACUUUGGCUUCACCAAGGCGGAGCAGCACCGCCAGCUGUCCUUCGCCCACGUCAUGCGCUGCACCAAGACCAACGCGAACAAAACCAAGACCACCUUCCUGCGCUUCUACCCCCCUAUACCCCCAAACGAACCAGAGAAAGAUCUAGAGGUUCCUGUGAAGAAGCGUAAGGAGGAAGGUAAAGAGAACAUUCUGGAAAUGAUUGAGAACACAGAGAACCCUCUCCGCUGUCCAAUCAGACUCUACGAGUUUUAUCUCUCCAAGUGCUCGGAGUCGGUCAAGCAGCGCACCAACCUGUUUUACCUUCACCCCGAACGCUGCUGCGUCCCCAACAGCCCCCUGUGGUUCUCCUCCACCCCUCUGAAUGACAGCACCAUGGAGGGCAUGCUCGUCCGCAUCCUCACCGUCAGAGAGCUUCAUCUUGGGAAGAGGAAAGCUGAAGGGACGGAGCAGAAGACAUCUGAGGAUGCACCAUUUAUACCAACCGAUGAGGAUGAAGAAGAGGAUUCAGAGUGAUGUAGAGCAGAAGUGACCUUUUUAUUAGCAUAGGAGCCUUUUGGUGUACAUGGAAAUUCUCAUUUGAUCAUGGCCCAAGAAAUGGACAAUGGAGUAAAUAUCUGAUAGACAAAUUACAAUUUAAAAGUCCUACGGCAAUAUGUCCUUUUGUGUUUUAUGGAUCAUAUUUUCCCUAAUUGUUUUUAUUCCUUUUAUUUUAGUUGUGUAUUACCUUUUUUUGUGUGUAUUUUUUGUCUAGGCAUAUAAUCACACUGAAAACUGCUUUGUGUGAAGUAAAUCUGAAUACUCAACAGUCAGUGACAAGCAGUAUAAGUUGACCUUUUUUAAGAGCACAUUUCUAGAUCCUGUAUUCUUUUAUACCCUGAACUAAAUCAGAAACUUAAGUACUUGGAAUUCACAGAAAGUCAAAUUUGAUCAAAUGAAAAAAAUGUUUUCAGAUAUUUGAAUGCAUUAAAGAAGUAUAUCAUCACUGUUUUCUCUUAAGUGACAUUUAUUGAUAUCUGGGCAAACUCUCCACAAAUGUUAAGGACACUGACUUGAAAAGUUUAAUGUUUUUGACACAUUGGUUCAUCACUUUGUGCAUAACCAUGUAGCCUACAGGCCCUUCAUGUACAUCCGGCAUAUGUAUAUUCCUUACUAUGGCUGCCAAUGUCCUGAGUAUUUUCUAUUGUAAGUUGUUUUUUAAUAAAAAUAAUUCCAGAGGGAGUUGUUUUAUGAGAACAGAAA